UAUUUUCUUUCUCCUUUCUCUCUGUUUCUUCAUCUUCUUCACCUUUUCAUUCUUCUUCUUCUUCAUCACCGUUUAACCCUUCAUCUUUUCUUCUCUCUUACACUCACAUUGCUUCGUUUCUUCACCACAUUUCCUCAAAGAAACCUUUACCACUUACAAUUCCAUUUUUCAUCCUUCAAAUCUAAACUCACCAAGCACCAAAAUAGCAUCCUCAAACCUACCCCACUUUCACUUCUUCAACUCACUCAUUUCACUAAAUCAUACUCUUCUACUUCAUCUGUUUUUCCUACCAACUUCUACUUCAAUUUAUUUAUUUAUUUUUCAUAUCUAAGUGUUCAUGCACCUAUUUUCUCUUAACCUCAUUUCCCUUUUCACCUUAGGUACUAAGAAAAGAAAGUUAAAGAAAAAGGAAGAAACUUUCCAUUUGGGUCAUGAGAUUUGGUUUAUUCAAGUUGAACAUUUCCCAGUUCUUAGCUUAGGUUUUUGAGUUCUUGGGUUUUUAUUUAUUUAUUUAUUUAUUUACCUAGAUCUCUCUAAUUUAAUAAAUGCCAAGCUUUCUUUUUUUCAGUUUUUCAGUUAUUAGCAAUAUUCCGUUUAUUUGUCUAUUUUAAUUUUUCUUUUAUGGUUGGUCACACAUUCUGGUCCUGAAAUCAAUCUGUGAAGUAACAUUUUUUUGUAGAAGUUUGAACCUUGAAAAGUUAUUGUGUAUUAUUUCAAAUGAGCUAUUAUUUGGAAUAAUUUGGGUCCCAUCUGGGCCUAAAGUUUCAAUUUUUAGCACUCAAAUUCAUCUCUUACUGUUAUUUUACUCAAUAAAAAAAAAGUUUCCAUUUUGCAAUCUCUUUUCCUUCUUUUGAAGCUAUUAGUUAUACACGGUUGUCAACACUGUCCAAAUUGAAAGUUGCUUUGUCAAAUUCAUGGUGGUAACUUCCCAAUUGUUGCAAGAUUCUGAGAUGUUACAUGGUGACAGUGUUUGUGGUGGCUUAUUGAGUUUCUGAGUUUUGGACUAAGGUGUUUGGUGUAAAUGUGAGUUGGACAAUUCAACUCAUCUUUAUAUAUCUUAAUAAUUUGUCCUUCUGAGUUUAUAUAGUUAUGCUUCAAAAGGAGUGUUUCCUUAGAUUCACAUUGUUGCUGUGUGUUUCAUUUGGAUUCUUGCUACAUCCUAUUGUAACAUCUGUGAUAUCAUUGGGUUCCAAACUUACUGUUGCUGAUAAUAAUUAUUGGGUGUCCUCCUAUGGUGAUUUUGCAUUUGGGUUCUUUAACAUUUCUGAUGAACCUAACCAGUUUAGUGUCGGCAUUCGUUUCAAUUCGAAGUCUAUUCCUUAUAGCCAACAAACACUUGUUUGGAUUGCUGGUGCUCAUGUCAAAGUAAGCAACAUGUCCUAUUUCCAACUCACUCCACAAGGGGAACUUGUUUUGUUUGAUUCCUUACACGGAGUCACCUCGUGGACAAGUGGGACACAGAACCUAUCUGUUGUUUCGGCUGCUCUUCAUGAUAAUGGAAAUCUUGUUCUGAUAGACACAAAACAAAACAUUGUUUGGCAAAGUUUUGAUACUCCUUCUGAUACACUUCUUCCGGGACAGAGUUUAUCGGUUUACGAUACGCUCCGUGCUUCGACCAAGAAUCCUGAGACUAGUUACUAUAGUCUUUACAUGAAUGCUUCUGGUCGGUUGGAGCUUCGAUGGGAGAGUAAUAUUGUAUACUGGACCAGUGAAAGCCCUUCUAUUUCUAAUCUCACUGCAUUCCUUACAACUGAUGGAGCUCUUCAACUUCGAGACCGAAAUUCGAAAGCUGCUUGGAGUGUGUUUGGAGAAGACCAUAAUGACUCUGUGAAUUAUCGGUUUCUUAGGCUAGAUUUGGACGGCAAUCUCCGGUUGUACUCAUGGACAGAAACUUCGCAAUCAUGGAGAUCUGUCUGGCAAGCUGUUGAGAAUCAAUGCAAGGUGUUUGCUACUUGUGGCCAACGCGGUGUCUGUGUCUUUACUCCUUCAGGUUCUGCUGAAUGCAGGUGCCCAUUUAAGGUAACUGAUAAUAACAAUUGUUUGGUUCCAUUCGAACAGUAUUGUAAAUCUGGCAUCAAUAUGCAACAAUAUAAGAAUGUGUAUCUGUAUGGAAUUUACCCUCCUGAUGAUUCGAUUAUCACAAGUAGUUUGCAGCAAUGCGAACAGUUGUGCCUGAAUGAUUCUCAGUGUAUGGUUGCAUCCUUUUCGAACAAUGGUAGUCCACAAUGUUCCAUAAAGAAAACUAAGUACAUUACUGGCUAUGAAGAUCCAUCUCUUAGCUCAGUAUCAUUUGUUAAGAGCUGCUCAGAUCCAUUUGCUGUAAACCCGAGUCUCAUGAAUUCGCCUCCACCGAAACCGACUCCUCCAAGGCUCUGUGUUCCUUGCUUGGUAGGGGCAGCCUCAGGAACAUUUGUCAUCUUUGCUUUUUUCCAGCUGGGAAUUGUUUUCUUCAUCUGUAGAAGAAAAAGCUCUACUAUGAGAAGAGUCACAUUAGCUUUCACAUUCCCGAAUCCGAAAGGCUUAACAGUGUUAUCCUACUCAGAAAUCAUGAGCAUCACCAGAGACCUCAAGAAUCAAAUCGGGCCAAAUAUGUUCAAGGGUGUGCUACCGUGCAACCGUCUAAUUGCAAUCAAAGACUUGAAUGCAUCCAUCGAAGAAAGGAAGUUCCGGAGCGCUGUUCUGAAAAUAGGAAGCAUCCACCACAAGAACCUAGUGAAGCUGGAAGGUUAUUGUUGUGAGUUCAAUCAUAGAUACUUGGCAUAUGAAUAUGCCAAAAACGGUUCACUUGAAAAAUAUUUAGACGAUUGUACUCUUUGCAAGAAGCUAACUUGGAGAAAGAGAAUUGAAAUAUGCUCAAGUGUGGCGAAGGCGAUAUGUUAUUUGCACUCAGGGUGUAGGGAGUUUGUAAGCCAUGGAAAUUUGAACUGCGAGAAUGUGAUGUUGGAUGAAAAUUCAGUUGCUAAGGUGUGUGGAUAUGGAUUUGCAAUAGUAGACGGCCAGGCUACGUAUUGCGGCUUUUCAGCUGAAAAAGACGUAGCUGAUUUUGGCAAAUUAGUAUUAACCUUGUUAACCGGGCGUCGAGAUGAUCGACAAGUUUGUGAAUGGGCAUAUGAAGAAUGGAUAGAAGGUAGAGUAGCAAAUGUGGUUGAUAAAAAAAUCGAUGGUGGUGCUAAUUCGGAUGAACUCGAACGUGCGUUAAGAAUCGCAUUCUGGUGCCUUCAAACAGACGAACGAAAAAGACCUUCGAUGGAAGAGGUAGUGAGAGUACUAGAUGGUACAUUGAAUGUUGAUCCACCACCACCUCCAUUUCAUUUGCAUUGUGAUCCACAAGAAAAAGGUUCAGAAUCAGAAUCAGUGGUUUAGUAGUGUUAAAUUUGCAAGGAGGCUCUUUUCAUAAAGUUUACAUUUUGAGUUGCCUUAAGAUUGAACAUGUAUAGUAGGACUAACAUGUAGGUGAAAAAUAGCCAUGCCCUUUAAUUUUUGUCCCUCAAACUAUAAGGGGCACUGAUUGUAAACUUUGGUAACCAUGUUCAUUUGAGAUUUGUGGCAUCUUCCUUAUUUUUCUUCCUUUGUGAUGCGCAAAUACUGCUUAUUUAGAUGUUGACAAUGAAAUAUGUUAAAAAGCAAUUCUAGAA